AUGUUUAAAAGUGAGAUGAAGGCUGACAGCGAGAGGCUGUCGAGGAAGGUUCGAUUCCGCAUUGCGUCCUCGCACAGCGGGAGGGUGCUGAAGGAGGUGUAUGCCGAUGGGGAGGCUGCCGACUCUCUGGACUCCGAGUAUGCCAGUAGCUCGGAGACUGACCAAACCAGUCGGCUGAGCGAAGUGGAGGGGCAGCAGAAUGGACACAUAGGGUCUGAGUGCGAUGAAAAUGAGAAUGAGCAGGAUGACUUGCUCAUUUUAGUCAGAGCCACUAAAGAGAAGGGGUUUGGUACAAAGCGAGUCAACAUCCUCAGCAAAAAUGGCACAGUCAGAGGAGUCAAGCAUAAAGUCAGCGCUGGUCAAGCCCUCUUUGACAAUUUGGGAAAAGUGUUCCAGCAAGUAUCAACAGUGCCAGAGUUUGGCCGCAUAAUAAUUUAUACUACCAGUCUUCGUGUGGUAAGAACCACUUUUGAAAGAUGCGAACUGGUUAGAAAGAUUUUUCAAAAUCACAGAGUUAAAUUUGAAGAAAAAAACAUUGCUCUGAACAGCGAUUAUGGAAAAGAACUAGACGAAAGAUGCAGGAGGGUCUGUGAAGUUCCCUCACUCCCUGUUGUGUUUAUUGAUGGCCAUUAUCUUGGGGGUGCUGAGAAAAUUUUGCUAAUGAAUGAAUCUGGGGAACUGCAAGAUCUCUUAACCAAAAUUGAG